AUGAAGCUCACUGGUACCGUCCUGCUCGCAAGCACUUUUGCUACAGCGCUCGCUACCGGCGCCCCUUACAACACCACGACUGUUGACUUGAACACCACGAUGAGCAUGACAACUGAAACUUACACUAUGUCCCAUGUGUUCACGUACACCGUCACUAAGUCAGGAGAAGGCGACUUCGAGACGUACAUCACGACGAGUACCUCGAGGGGCACAUACACUGAAACCAUAUCAGAACCGAUUGACACCGGCAUAGGCUCCUCGGGCGCCUGGUCCUCGUCGGCUACUGACGCGGUUUCCGCUCCCGCCAACUCCUCCUCGACCGCCCCAGGAGGCUAUCCUACCAUGACCCAUGGCACUCACACCAUUAGUGAUACUCCAUGCUCAGACACCAAGCUCGAAGACUGCACAGUGAUCUCGUCCUUGCCCACCUCCAACUCGUCCAUGAGCUGGUCGAUGACGACCAUCCCCGAUGUCUUCCCCAUCACACCGUCCAAGAUACAUUCACCGAUAGCCACCCUCGCAGGACGCAGCUGGCCCAACUCAACGUACUCCCAACCGGGCUACGGCCCCAACGGCACAACGCCCACAGCUGCUCCCACCUUCCCCACGUCCAACCCCGGCCACCACUGGCCCAGUCACACCGCCUCCAACUCGACCACCAGCUGGUCGACGACAACCAUCUCCGAUACGAUCGAAACAUACACGGUCAAGGGCAAGCCAUAUACAACCGCCCUCUUCGGACGCGGCUGGCCCAACUCGACUCAUACCCACCCGGGCUACGGCCCCAGCGGGACAAUGCCAACCGGCGCUCCUACUCACCCCCCGUCUUUCCCCGGCCACCACCCACCCAACAUCACCGUCUCGUCUCACUCUCACACCCGACGUCCCUGGCCCACCAACUCGACUCGCUCGAUCCCCGGGCCCAUUGAGUCGCUGCCGACAGAGGCGCCCACCACGCUGGCAACAUCCAAGAGGGAAUUAGACUCGCGGAGUGGUAUGGAUGUCAUUCUUAUGGUUUAG